AUGUAAUAACAAAACUACAAACCUCUUCAAAUAAAAAAAUUUGCUAAAAAGGCAAUAAGCGAUACACCAGAAAAUAAAUAUUGGAAAAAAUUUAAAGUAUUUAUAUAUAAUUCAAUAAAAGAUAAAAUUAAAUUUGAAUUUGAUAAAUUUAAAGACAAAGUAACAGGUUUGACAUUAAGAUAAGAUGCUUAAUUAAUUGCUACUGCAGAAUCAAAUGGAAUAAUAAGAGUAUUUGAUAUAAAAAGAAAACAUCAAUUAAGAGAAUUUAAUUUUCAUAAAAAACCUGUUUAUGCUCUAGACUUUGUUAAAGGAGAAAGUUUAUUAUUUUCUGGAUCUGAUGACUAUAAUGUCAAAUUAUUUGAUGUUGCUGCUAAUAGUAUUAUUAGAACUUUGCCAGAAGCACAUACAGAUUAUAUUAGAAGCAUUUCUUAUAUCCCUAAUACCGAUAAAAACAUACUUACAUCAAGUUAUGAUGGUAGUAUUCAUUUAUUUGAUUUUAAUGAUAAGUCAAAAAAACCUUAACUAUAAUUUAAUCAUGAAUUACCAGUUGAAGAAAUUACUAUAUCUCCUUCAGGAUUUUCCUUUUGUUCUGUUGGUGGAACUAAUACUAAUAUAUGGGAUAUUAGAAAUGGUAAAAGUAUAGAAUAAAUGAAUAAUAAUUAAAAGACUGUUACUUCUGCUAGAUAUAUAGGUAAUGGAGAUAGAUUAAUGGUUGGUUCAGUUGAUUAAAGUAUGAAAAUCUACAGAACAGAUACUUAUUCAUUAACUCAUUAAUUUAAGUUACCUAAUCCUAUCCUUUCAUUUGAUAUGUCUUUAAAUACUAAAUGCUUUUUAGUAGGAAUGUCUGAUGGAUCUUUAGAAAUAAGAAGUAAUUUAAAAAAGUUAGGUGAAUAAAUAAAUAGUGAAGAUGAAGAAGAUGAAAAUAAAGAAUUAACAAAUGAAUUUAUUCCUGACUUUUUAAGAAAAACUGGUGUAGAAAGAAGAGUUUAAAGUUAUAAAUAUUUCAAUAGAGGUAUUUAUGAAAAAUAAUAAUAAUUUGAUGUAAAGUAUGAGGAAAAGAAAAACAAGAAAGUGAAUUAAUAUGAUAAGUAUUUAAAAAAAUUCCAAUAUAAAACUGCUAUGCUAAAAGCUAUUGAGUCUAAAUAAAACGAUGUUGUUAUUGCUUUAUAUGAAGAAUUAUUGCAAAGAGGAGAAGUAUCAAAUGCUUUUAAAAACCUUGAUUAACAUAAAAGAUGUUUUAGUUAAUGA